GGGAGGGACUUCGGCUGCAGGACAAUGCUGGUGUUUGUGCAGCGGCCCCUGAGUGGCGGCUGGCUUUCUCACAUCGCUCUCGCUUGACUACCAGUUGCUGAGCUGAAAGGAAAGCGGACAUCUUCAUCCUGAUGAACUGACAGAGGAAAGACAGAGAGAGGGAGGUCUGAAGUAGUGGCCAGCUUUUCUGCACCUCAAACCAAAUUGAACAUCCAGCUGUGGAGCAGCAUAAAGGAGGGCGUCCACCCAGACUGCAUUUCUCAGCUGAAUAUAUCAGCUGGGACGGGAUUAUAGCAGGUGAGAGCUGAAGAAACACCUGGAGGACGACAGGAGGAGCGUUGGAGCUGGGCAAAGAGCCCCGAAACCACCAACAUGGGAGACAAGAAGGUCAGUCUCCCUGCUAAGCUGAUUAACGGGGGCGUGGCGGGCCUGGUUGGUGUCACAUGUGUGUUUCCUAUUGACCUGGCGAAGACCCGCCUACAGAACCAGCAGGGCGUCCAGGUCUACAAGGGAAUGUUUGACUGUCUGGCAAAGACGGUGCGAGCCGAGGGUUAUUUCGGAUGCUAUCGAGGAGCAGCCGUAAACCUCACGCUAGUUACGCCAGAAAAAGCCAUCAAACUGGCCGCCAACGACGUCUUCAGACAAAAACUUUCAAAGGACGGGCAUUUGCCCCUGUGGGGGGAGGUCCUGGCGGGGUGUGGGGCAGGGACCUGCCAGGUGGUCGUCACCACUCCCAUGGAGAUGCUUAAGAUCCAGCUGCAGGACGCAGGACGGCUGGCCGCACAGCGACCCGUGGCGGCUCCGACCCAGGCGGCGGCGGCUCCCGGUCCGGCGCCGUCGCUCGUGGCCCCGGCGGCGCGGCGGCCCUCGGCGACCGGCAUCACGGCGAACCUGCUGAAGACCCGGGGCCUGGCCGGCCUCUACCGGGGCGCCGGUGCGACCUUGAUGAGGGAUGUACCUUUCUCUAUGAUCUACUUCCCUCUGUUUGCCAACCUUAACGCUCUGGGCCGGGAGAGCGCAGGCAGCCAGGCGGACGUUCAGGCCCAGGCGCCGUUCUGGCAGUCCUUCGUGGCCGGCUGCGCCGCCGGCUCGGUGGCAGCAGUGGCCGUCACGCCGCUGGACGUGAUAAAGACUCGUCUGCAGACCCUGCAAAAAGGCGAAGGGGAAGACUCCUAUAGAGGAAUUGUUGAUUGCACAAGACGCAUCAUGAGGCGGGAAGGACCGUCGGCGUUUCUGAAGGGCGCAGCAUGCCGGGCAUUAGUCAUCGCUCCCCUCUUCGGCAUCGCGCAGGGCGUCUACUUCCUCGGGGUCGGGGAGGCGGUUCUGGGUUUACUGGGAUAACAGCGACUGGCAGCGGUGAAGGAGAACACAACAGAGGAGAAUCCCAGCUUCAUUCUCCAGAAAAAUUGAAUUUCUCUGGUUUCACCGCCUGGCAGCGAGGUUCUGAUGGGUAAACACGGUCCGGAUUAACUAACCCGAGUCCAGGUGUUCCCUUCACCUGAGGGAGGUUUCUCCCGCUGGCUGUAAAGAAAGAACUGCUGGAUAUUUUUACAGCUGAUAAACUAAAAUGCCUGACAGUGUGAGCGUUUGAAUUUCAGGAAGUGACCCAUUUAUUUCAUAUCUGAAACGACCUGAUGCUUAAAGCAGCAGCGCCGUUACGCAUUCCUCCCACUCCUUCCUGUAGGUCACAGUUGUAAUCUGGCCUUCUGCUGGACUGGGAGCCAAUCUCUAUAAGGUCAUUUGUUAAUCUGAUGGUAAUUCCUUUAAUCCCUGUAAUAGCGUACAUUUCAAUUUACAACACAGCUCACUUCCUGUUAAAAGGCCACAGGUUAGACUGCAGGACAACGCGCCGCCUUCCAGGGUUUUCACUUUCAAUUUAAAUAAUAAUAAAGAUAAAUUUCCCUCCUUAUUUUGGUUUGCUUCAAAUAAUAUGCGCACAACAACAAAGGACAAUGCAAUCAACGCCUUAUCGAUCCUGUUAGUUUUAAACUUUACAUCUUAUAACAUGUUAAAGGAUUUUGUUUUUAAAGUGGGAUUCUGUACAGAAAAUAAAGCAAGUCAGUAUCUAACCUUAGGACUUUGAAGCUAAAAGCUAAUCUGUGGAGUCACAGGUAAUUUAUGCCGUGAUGAAACAUUUCCAGCAGUUCUCAAAACCUUCACCUAGCUGGACAACUGGUGCCAAAAAAUUCAUAAAACAAUUCAACCUUUUUUUUUCUCACCGACAUUAAAUCUGAAUCUUUUUUUGUUUUAGGUCAGUUAGGAUUACCAACAUUAUUUUUCUUUUUGCUAAAUGUCAGAAUAAGGAGAUAAAACCAAUUACUUUAACAAAUAAAGCUGUUUAAUUUGGAAUGGAAACAGACCUGCUGUCAUCAUCCACUUCAAAAUAAGAGCAUGAAUAUAAACAUUAGUCAACUGAAAGUUUAUAAACAACAACCAAAUAAAUGAACAUUUAAAAUUUAUCCAGACAGAAAGCACUAAACAAAACUAGCUUCAUCCAGUUCUGAAAGAUCAACUCACAACAUUUCAGUUUAAAUGAAGGAAAACCAGAGGACGCAUUUUAAGGCAGCACCUCAAACGCUCUGUUUCCUUGUUAGACAUCAAAAGAAAUCAGGAAAAAUGUCAGGAAAAAAAAUUGUUUCCACAUAUCUGGUUCAUUGUUGGUCCAACUUCCUGGUGUCUGAAGGUUCUCCUGUUCAAACAAGUAUAAUCAGCAAAGAAAUUGGAUGGUAAAUAUUAAAAAUAUGCCUUAUUUUUCUAUCAGAUAGCAAAUAAAAUGUCAUUUUGUUAAUCCUAACAGACAGAAAACAGGGAAAGUUUACACAGAUUAAGUGUCUUUUUACAUAAAUACCUGAUUUUUACUGUAACGCAAACAUGACUUAACCUGAAUUAACUCCAUUCCAUCAAAGUGAAGAUACUGACUGCUUGUAACAUCUCAACAAAACCCCACUUUAAAACUACCCCAUUAGCUGGAAAUGGUAAUAUUUUGCUAGAAUUCAAAUUUAGACAGGACAGUUUUAAAUAUUAGACAGAAGCAUGGCAGUAAGGCUCCUCGUCUUACCAACCGCCAAUACUUAAAGCCACAAGGUGGCGCCAAGAGGUCGUUUUGUUUUUACAUUUUAAAACCAGACAGAUGUUUCCAUAGCAUACUACCUUUGUCCUGUUUUGUAGAGAGAAAAUAGCUGAAGAAAACGGUUUACACACUGUAAAUAAAGAGACCCAACAUGUUAAA